GCAGCCGGGGGGCGGCGGGCGGCGCUGCGGGCGGGCGGCGAUGGCGUACGACGAGCGGCUGGCCCGUUUCCGCCAGGCCCACCUCAACCCCUUCAACAAGGCCCCCGAGCAGCAGGAGCGUCCCGACGGGGGGGUCCCCGCCCCAGCCCGCCAGCCGGAUCCGUCCCCAGGGGACCCCGAGGGCGCUCUGGACCUGGGCCUGGCUGAGGACCACUUCUCCCGCCCCGUGGGCCUGAUCCUGGCGUCGGACGUGCAGCAGCUGCGCCAGGCCAUCGAGGAGUGCAAGCGGGCGAUCCUGGCGCUGCCCGAGCACUCGGAGCGGCAGAAGGACGCGGUGGUGCGGCUCAUCCACCUCCGCCUCAAGCUGCAGGAGCUGAAGGACCCCAGCGAGGAUGAGCCCAACAUCCGGGUGGUCCUGGAGCAUCGCUUCUACAAGGAGAAGAGCAAGAGCGUGAAGCAGACGUGUGACAAGUGCAGCACCAUCAUCUGGGGCCUCAUCCAGACCUGGUACACCUGCACAGGCUGCUACUACCGGUGCCACAGCAAGUGCCUGCCGCUGGUGAGCAAGGUCUGCGUGCGGGCCAAGGUCAGCCACCAGGCCGAGUACCAGCUCAGCAUCUGCCCCGAGAGCGGGCUGGACAGCCAGGACUACCGCUGCGCCGAGUGCCGUGCCCCCGUCUCCCUCCGGGGGGUGCCCAGCGAGGCCCGGCAGUGCGACUACACCGGCCUCUACUACUGCAGCAGCUGCCACUGGAACGACCUGGCCGUCGUGCCCGCCCGCGCCAUCCACAACUGGGACUUCGAGCCCCGCAAGGUGUCACGCUGCAGCAUGCGGUACCUGGCGCUGAUGGUGUCGCGGCCCGUGCUGAAGCUGCGGGAGAUCAACCCGCUGCUCUUCAACUACGUGGAGGAGCUGGUGGAGAUCAGGAAGCUGCGCCAGGACAUCCUGCUCAUGAAGCCCUACUUCAUCACCUGCAAGGAGGCGAUGGAGGCGCGGCUGCUGCUGCAGCUGCAGGACCGGCAGCAUUUUGUGGAGAACGAUGAGAUGUACUCGCUGCAGGACCUGAUCGACAUCGAGGCCGGGCGCCUGAGCUGCUCCCUGACGGAGAUCCACACGCUCUUCGCCAAGCACAUCAAGCUGGACUGCGAGCGCUGCCAGGCGAAAGGCUUCGUGUGUGAGCUCUGCAAGGAGGGCGACGUGCUCUUCCCCUUCGACAGCCACACCUCCGUCUGCACCGACUGCUCCGCCGUCUUCCACAGGUACGGCACGCGCCGGGGACGGCCGGGCCCGCCGGUGCGGCUGGAGCCGGUGUGGUGGGGUGACCCGGCGCUGUCCCCUCCCCGCAGGGACUGCUACUACGACAACUCCACCACCUGCCCCAAGUGCGCCCGGCUGAGCCUGCGCAAGCAGUCCCUCUUCCAGGACUCCGGCACCGAGGCAGAGCCCUAAGCGGGGGGACCCAGCCCCACGGCCGCCCCCCCGACCUGCCACGGGGCCCUGGGACGGACGCGGGCAGCCCCACUGCCAUUUGGGGGCCGGGGUGGCCUCUGGCUCCGCGGGGCAGCUGGGACCAUGGGGGUGGCAGUGUGACCUAGCCUGGGGGGGGGCCCUGGGCCCGGACGCCGCGGUGGGGGUGUCGCUGCCGGCCCCCAGCAUCUCCCCGGGGGCAGGCUGAGCCCCGCGGGAGGUGCCGGGUCCCGGUGAACGUCCUGCAGCAGCUCCCGCCAUCGUCUGUGCCGGGGACUCACCCGCCGGGGGCCGGGGUGCGGGCAGGGUGCGGUGCAGGCGGGGCAGGGUGCCGGUGGGCCAGCGUGCCGGCUGAGCCGGAGCGACGGGUGCUGCCGGGGAGGGCGAGCGCACCGGGACUCGGCGGAAGAGCCAAGCUGAACUCCUCUCGCCGGCUCUGCUGAAGGCCUGGGUAGGGCGUGGGGGGGACAGGGGGCCCCGAUAUACACCCCCCCACCCCCCACACACACACACACACAUACACACAUACACACACUACUGGGAUAACGCUGCUGAUCUGGGGAAAACUCCCGGUUCCUCCCGCCGCACCACGCCACCCGUUCCCGGGGCAGAGCCGGGGCUGGUCCCCCCCCCCCGGGUUUCCUGUAGCGUUAACGAGGCCUCUUUGCGCAA